GCUACCUUUUUCUCCAUCCCUUUCCUACAAAACCAGAGCUCCCCUGCUUCUCAUCCCCUGCUCCGAAGUCCAAACCAGAGCAGAGCUCCCCUGUUUCCUGACCAACAGCUUCUUCUUCAGUUCUUCUGCUUCCAGUUCAGCAGCAAUGUCAGAAGUAGCACCCGUGGUGGACGCAGAGUACAUGGCGGAGAUCGAGAGGGCGCGGCGGGACCUCCGUGCCCUCAUCGCCAGCAAGAACUGUGCGCCCAUCAUGCUCCGCCUCGCAUGGCAUGACGCUGGCACUUACGAUGCCAAGACCAAGACCGGAGGCCCCAACGGAUCCAUCCGGUUCCCACAGGAGUACAGCCACGGCGCUAAUGCAGGGAUCAAGAUUGCCAUUGACCUUCUAGAGCCAAUAAAACAGAAGCACCCCAAGAUCACAUAUGCAGACCUGUAUCAGCUCGCCGGAGUUGUUGCCGUCGAAGUUACUGGUGGACCAACCAUCGAUUUCGUUGCUGGCAGGAAGGAUUCUUCGGUUUGUCCAGAGGAAGGACGCUUGCCGGAUGCGAAGCAAGGUGCUUCACAUCUUCGAGACGUCUUUUACCGAAUGGGAUUGUCUGACAAGGACAUAGUGUCACUUUCUGGUGGCCAUACUCUGGGCAGGGCCCGUCCAGAGAGGUCAGGAUUUGAUGGCGCAUGGACUAAAGAUCCACUGAAAUUUGACAAUUCCUAUUUCGUUGAGCUGCUGAAAGGAGAGACUGAAGGUCUCUUGAAGCUCUCUACUGACAAGGCUCUUGUGGAAGAUCCUGAAUUCCGUCGCUAUGUUGAAAUAUAUGCCAAGGAUGAAGAAGCCUUCUUCAGGGACUAUGCAGAAUCGCACAAGAAGCUCUCCGAGCUGGGCUUCAAGCCCCCUCGCUCUGCUUUCUCGUGCAGAUCCGGUAAUAAACAGAAGUCCUUGCUGGUACAAGCUGCAGCUGGGGUUGCAGUUGCUGCUGCAGUUGUCGCAUGGACAUACAUCUGUGAAGCCAACAAGAAGAUUGGCUAAACUUCAGCUCAUCGUACAGCAAUACUGGUGGGGGAGUUGAAACUAAAAACAUUUCGAUGAUGUGUACUCGUACUGCAUCUAGUUGUGCUACCAUGCACGUUAUGUUGUGAGCUGUGAAUGAAAUAAAGAUAAUUAUAGAAUGAAGAGAGCAACGUACCAAAGUAAAAUAUAUGAGAAAUAAUAUGAUAUGGUCUGA